UAAUGUAAUCAAUGGCUUGGCAUAUGUCAAAAAAUUAGUUUCUAAAAAUAAAUAAUCAAAUGAACAACAAAUAAUCAGUGAGUAAAAGCUGCGAAACAGUCAGUGUGUCGAUUGGUUAAAACAAAGUAUCAACUGUCACUGACGACACCAGAAGAACGAAAUAAACGUCAAUAAAAUGAAGUGUCAGUGAUGCGUUUAAAGGGGAAAAAUGACACAAAGUCAUUUCAUAGCGUCUAUAAGAUGCUUUCUCGUAUAUGUAGGGCUGUGGACAAGGGUCAGCUGGACGGUUUAAUGUCAGAUGGACGCGUGCAGCCUCUAAAAAGUGGUCAUAAUUCCCAGACAAUGGGUUUCGCAUCUCAAACAAUGAGACAGACUGAUGUCAAUACGGGUAAAGUAUAUCCAGUAGAUAGUUAUCAGUCAUUGAGACAACGACAACAAGCUAAUGAUGUACCUGGUAAAGUAUUUACGGCUGGACAGUACGCGAGUAAGGUACUGAGACACCUGAAUGACCAGCGACUGAAGAACCAGUUCAGCGACGUGGGUUUAGUCGCUGGUGACAACGUCAUCAGAGCACACAGAUCAGUGCUGGCUGCUGGCAGCGCUUAUUUCAAUGCCAUGUUCACUGGCGGUCUUGUUGAGGAGCAGCAGGAACUGGUGGAAAUCCACGCGAUUUCUCCAAACAUACUGGCGCUCCUUGUCGACUUUAUUUACACGGGUAAUGUCGAUAUCACACAGGACAAUGUGCAGGAACUGUUUGCCGCUGCUGAUAUGUUUGAAUUGGACGAAGUCGUCGCAGGAUGUAUCUCUUAUCUCCAGCAACAGCUGCAUUAUUCUAACGCCCUUGGAAUUUAUCGAUUUGCUGAAGCGCACAAUCGAAUAGAUUUAAUGGAGACUGCCUUACGUUUCAUCGAAGUCAAUUUUCCUCAAGUGUCACAGGAAGAAGAGUUUCUUGAUUUACCUAAGGAAUAUCUCGUUCAUUUUCUCAGUAGUGAAUACAUUCAUGUUGAUACUGAAUUUCAGGUCUUCCAAGCUGCCUACAACUGGAUAACACACGACAUAACGUCACGGCGUUGCUACGUAUUUGAAAUACUCGGUCACAUAAGACUGCGUCUGUGCUCAUUAACCCGUUUAGAGUCAGUAAUAAUUGAUUGCAAAGACGCGAGUUUAAUAGUCGCUCUGAGAUCAAUACAAAAAGACCUGGUGUCCAACAAAGGAUGUCUCGUGCCCCUGAGAGCGCAACCACGUCUCUGCGCCAAGAAAAAUAUCCUGGUGAUCGGUGGGUCCAAGCGAGAGCACACUUCCGACAGCUGGGCCCGGGACGCAGAGAGUACCUAUGAGACGAUUGAAAAAUACGACACGUUCACCGGUCAGUGGAGCGAAGUCGCACCAUGUGGGAUUGGGAGAAUUUUACCCGGAGUGGCUCUUCUUGAUGGCAAAGUCUACGUCGUAGGAGGGGAACUCGAGUCCUGCAUCAUCGCCAACGGGGAGUGCUACGACCCACGUGACAACGUCUGGAGUUCGAUUGCAUGCAUGAUUGAAGCACGUUGCGAGUUUGGUCUCUGCGAGCUCGACAACUGUCUCUACGCCGUCGGGGGCUGGGUCGGCGAAGACAUUGGAGGCACCAUUGAGACUUAUGAUCCCAUUAGCAAUACUUGGUCCCUGCACGGCGAACUUCCCGAGCCACGUUUCAGUAUGGGUGUUGUCGCGUAUGAAGGGUUGAUUUAUAUUGUCGGUGGUUGCACGCACGAAAGCCGACACCGUCAAGAUGUUAUGAGUUAUAAUCCCGUUACAAGAGAAUGGAAUUAUCUUGCGCCCAUGCUAACACCACGUUCGCAAAUGGGAAUUACUAUAUUAGAUGGUUAUAUAUAUGUUGUAGGCGGCAUGAAUAAGAAUCAAGAGGUACUCACGUCUGUUGAACGUUACUCAUUUGAAAAGAAUAAAUGGACAGCAGUGGCACCAAUGAACAUGGGCCGUUCUUAUCCAGCAGUAGCCGCAGCAGAUGGACGUUUAUACGUAAUAGGAGGUGACCAAUCGUGCGAAAUAAAUUUUUAUCGAACUCAAAUAACAAUUUCUACUGUCGAGAGUUAUGAUCCCACUUCAAAUAAAUGGAGCGAAUGCGCAUCGCUGCCAACAAGUCGUGGCGAAGCUGCAGCAAUAAUCGCACCCUUCUGAUCCUGUCUUUUACUUUAAAAAAAAAUAUCAUUUAACUUCAACUAAUCAUUUUUUUUUCAAUUUAAUCACAUAAUUUAAAUAAUCGCGAAUAAAUUAUUAUUUGUUUUAUAAAGUUCGAUAGUUAUUAAGUCUUCAGCACUCCCGCUUUUCGGCGCUGCAGCGACCGCGAAAUUUGAAAACUUUGUGAGCAAAAUGCUUAUAGCGGGAGUGCUUGCGGGUUAAUUUGAAAAUCAUGAUAAAUAAAAUUUUAAAAAACUGUUAUAAAUAAUAAUAAUGAUAUAUUUUAUUUAUUAUUAUUUAAUUGUUGCUAAAUGGCCUUUGUAUUAAUUCGUUGGCUAUCAAAUAAUAAUAAUAUUAAAUCAUAUCUUCAAUCAGCUUAAGUGUUAUUUAAAUAAUAAAUUUAUAAAUAACUGACUAAUUAUGUAAACUCGUCCAAAGAGCAAGUGGAUGUUAAUUAUAAAUACUAAUAAAUGUACAGCUAACGACAUAACCAAUGGAAUUGCACUUGUGUGCUCAUCGAUACUCAAAGCAACUAAAAAAUUAAUUAUUUGUCAUACACCAUUUAAAAAUAAUUAUAAAUAAAUAUAAUGUAAUAGUUGUUACUUUAAAAAAAUCUAUCAAGAUAUAUAAUAUAUGUCAUACCAUUUUUAUACAAAAAAUAUCACCGAUGCAUCGAUUCGUAAAAUAAAGUCCACAAUUUACUAAUAUAAUUAUUUAAUAAUUAAUACAAUAAAUUGUUAUGCUAAACAAUAAUUAAAAUUAAAACGAAUCAUUGGAAUGAAUUAUUGUAAUAUGUAAUUAUAUAUAAAUAUAUUAAUAGAUAUUAUUAAAAUAUAACAAUCCACGAUAUUAUACAAAAUGG